AGUAGGUUGUUACGCAAGGUAGCUGAUGAAUGGUGGCUUGACAAAGCCCCGUGGCCACGUCACCGCUCGCAAAAAGCAGUACACCCAACGCAGUAAGGGACUAUAUAUGCAUCGAUCCAGUAUUGAGUCUUUCAUUCCACCUUUAUUAUUUAGUCAGCGGAUGUCUAUUUUAUAAUGCCGAGAAGCAUUCUCCUUUCGCAAUUUUUCCUCCCCUUGUCGGCUGUAAGCCUUGGACGUUUUGUUAUUAGCCUUGACGAUCCUCAUCAGGAUUUCCACAAUCCCACGAGCAACGCUAGCCCCAACUUCACUGAGAAACUCCAAACACAGUACAACAGCAUAAACCAUUCAGCUAAACACCAAAAUGUAGCAUCACAGCUUACUACAUUCCUGUCCUCCUCAUUCUCGAAGCGUCUCAAAGCGUCAAUUAGGAUUACAGCCGAUCAAGCCAAGACAUACUACUUAACCAACGCUGGACAAUGGUUUCGAGAUGCCAUCAAAGCUCAAGAUACCCGCGAUUGGAUCGACAGAACCAUUGAUGAAGGAGAAGAGAUAUAUGUUGUUGUAGCUUAUCACACGUUGGUAAACGCUCGAAUUAUAGAACAACUAGGAGGGCAAACCUCUGCCGGCGGGAACUUAGCGAUACCAGUAUCGGCAGCGCUGACAGCAUCCGGCGUAGUUGUACCGUUCAACGUCGGGGACCCUGAGCUCAGUGGCUUUUGCGGCCGUAUAGAAGACGAACAAAAACAGUUCAUGGCGCCAGGCGAGCAGAUAUAUGCAGUGCAGUAUCGCAAGGUCCGUUGGAGUUGGUUUGCGAGAAACAAAGUUGAUAAGAUGACACUUUCAAAGAAGGCAUGGUGGGAAAGAUACGACCUGCCGAGGAAGCUCCUUGGUGAGUCGGACGACUCCAUUGAGGUAGAGCUAGAGGACGAGAUUAAAUUGGAAGGAGACUAUGAUGAGUGCACCAUAGAACCUGGGGAGGUAUUUGUCUCAGAGGUGUAGCCGGCAUUAGUACACCUACACCUCCUAAACGUUCACGACAUAUCUCAGAUAUCCCUCUCAACUAACUCAGCUACACACAACUAGGAGAUAAGCAUUUAGAUGAGGUGCCCCACGUUGUAAGUAGGGUUCAGCUUGGUAGAAUUCAGCUUGGUAGAAUUCAGCAUGUAGUUAGUUGUCUGUAGUUAUCUAACAAUACAGUGUGUGUC